UCAAAUCAAAGUUUGUAAAAAAAUAUAACCUAAUUUCAGUUUAUCUAUCACAUGUGCGAUAAAAAUUUUCAACUAUGUCCAUAAAAAAAGAGAAAAAACGUAAAUCCAAGAUAAAUAUUGAAUCAAAGGAUGCUGAUAAAAAUGAUACUUUAGUUAUUCAAGAAAAUAGUUACUCUCAAUCUUUGUUAGAAGGUAGCAUCGACGAUGAAAUUUCUAAAAGUGAAUCGCCUAAAAAACAUAAAAAGAAACGCAAACACACGGAUAAUGAUACCAUAAAUGAAUCGAAGGAUGUACACGAAGACGAUACUCAACUUAAUCAAGAAGAUAUUAACGAUCAAACUGUGUUAGAAGGCAGUAUCAAAGAUGAAAUUUCUAAAAAUGAUUCGCCUAAAAAACAUAAAAAGAAACGUAAAAUUACUGACCCCACGGAUAAUGAUACCUUAAAUGGUAUAAAUAAUUCUAAAAAGGUUAAAGUGGAUUUAGUGAACGAAGUAAAUGGUGUUGAAGAUUCUGAAAAUAGUGAUGAAAAUGAGGAGAAGCAUGAGAAAUCUACUGAAACGAAACCACGUAGUAAUUUCUCAAUUGAGAAUUUUAAAAAGAAAUUACAUUCUUCUGAUGGUAUUGAAGCUGUAAAAGAAUUUGUGGAACAGUGUGGAGCAAACACUUCACAGGAUCUUGCCUUGGAUUAUAUAAACUCCGGUGGAAAUAUCGUCGAAAUUUUACAUUUAUUGGAUACACAAGAUAAAAAAAAUUUAUCGUUAGCUACACCAGUUUUUGAAGCUGUAAACAUUCUGUUACUCAAAAUUCAAUCGAAUGCUAUCCAAAAUGCUCAAAAUGCAAUCGAAGGUUGUCGCUAUUUAUUAAAUAAUUAUCUAAUUACAAUACAUUCAGGACUUAGUCCAUUUUCUACACUCAAACAGAAACGAGUUACGCUAAAAUUAUUGACCUCAAUUGUUACCCUAUCCCCUUUAUUAGCCAAAGAAAUUCUAUUACAAUUAAAUUUCACCGAACAGAUUCUAGAAAAUUUAACCCAACAAAAUGAUGGUUCUUCAUUGAAUUCCGUUCGUACAGCAUUCAUACAUUUUUUAUUAUCAUUUUUAAUCGAAGGAAAUUCUUCGAAUAUACGCAAUUUAUUAGAGAAAAAAGGUGUUGUCGGUAGUAUUUUCGAGGAAUUAAUAUACGAUGACUAUCAACUUGUUAAUCUAGUUUUAACAACAUUACAAAGAAAUGUUCUCGAAAGUUCUAGUAUAACAAAAACAUCAAAAUUGUAUACAUUUAGUUCACCCGUAUUAAAAAAUAUUGUCAAUUUAUAUAAUUGGAAAGGGCGUAAAUAUUGGAAAGCAAAAAUUCGUAAAAAAUCAAAUAGUACGGAAAAUUUCAUUGAUGAAAAUGAAAAAAAUAUUGUAAUUGAAGUUGUACAUAAUUUUUUAAUUGUUCUUUGUACAUCUCGAAAAUACGGGAUUGUAUUUCAUGAUAAAACGUAUGGAACGAGUGGAAAACGAUUUAAUAAUUUAAUUUACACAAUGUUAGAAUGUUUAGAACGACCAUGGGAACAUAAAUACGUUUCUGAAUUAGUUAUAAAAAUUGCAUGUGCAUGUCCUGAUUUAUAUUCGUUUAUAAUCGGGAGUGUGGAUAAUUAUUUGGAGCCUAGAGCUUCAAUAAAAUGGCUUAAUGUUAUAAUGUUUGUAAAAGGGGUUAUUACAUCGAUUAAAAAUAAUAUUUUAAUCGAAGAUUUAAAAGAUUUAAAUUCAAAACAAUUAAUACAAUUGACCCAAAACUUAUUUACCCCAAAUGUCAUUCUAAAAGUAUUUAGCCAAACCAAAAUUAUUUCACAUGGUGACCCCUAUAUCCGUGAAAUUAACAUCGAUUUUUUAAAUUCAGAUUCUGUACAUGUCUUAAAGAAAAUUUUAAUUCAAACGGGAAUUUUCGAGAAUAAUCAACAUGAAAUUAAUUAUUGGUUAGAAUUUUGUGAAAAUUAUAAUGCAGGAAAUUUAUUAGGUACUAGUAUUAAUUUCGAAUCCGCGACUGAAAUUGAUGAUAUUUUCGAUGUAAUUCAAUAUUCCUCGAAUACAAACAUCCAAACUGUGAAACAUAUAAUUGUUACUCCGUUAAUUUUAGCUGUAUUCGAUUUAAUUGAGAAAAAUGAUGAAUAUACGUUUACAAAAUCAGAUUGGAAAUAUUUAUCGUUUAAUAUUAAAGAUUUCGAACAAAUUCAAACAAUUUAUGAUGAAUAUGAAUAUUUAAUAUUAAAAACAAUUGAAAAACCACAUAAAGCUGGUGUUUUUACGCGGGAAAAUUCAAAUAGUUUAAUAAAAUUAAUCGUCGAAUGUAUGCCGAUUGAAAAAGCUGAACAAAUUGCGUUAAAAGUGAAUAAAUAUGAAAUUGUAGAAGAAUUUCAUUUGGAUUUAUUAGAGAAAAUUUAUAUCAAAUACCCCGAAGAUGAGGGAAAUCAAGAUGAAGGAAAAUUACAAACGAUUGAAACAAUUUAUGAAAUGAUACAAAUGCAUUCAGAAUUUCUAGAUGUUAUGUUAGAUACCAAAAAUUAUAAAUUAAAAAUUGAAUUAUUAAAAUUAAUAAUAAUUUUAAUAAAAUAUAAUAAAAAAAUAAUUAAUACACAAUUAAUACCGAUUUUAUUAGGUGCAUAUAAUUGUACGAUAAAUGAAUCGGAUCAAUUAAUUUUAGCGAUUUUAUAUUUAUUUGAACAAAAUUCGAUAAAUUUCGAUAAAUAUAAACCAUUUUUAUGGGGUGAAUUAGCUAUAACACAUUAUUCGGUACGGCAUAAUAUUGAAACGGCUAUAUGGCGGCAACCUCGAAUGCAAAACGUUCUGGAAUUAAUACAAAUGGAUGUUGUUUAUAAUACGAUUAUGAAUUUUGAUUGGAAACGUUCGUUUGGUGCUUUGGAUGAUGGUGAUAUUGUUAAAAUUAAUGAUAUUAAUUUAUAUGAAGAUAGAUACGUGGAAAAUAAACAUCGAAAACGUCUUCAUAGGCUACGACAUCUUGGUGUUGGGGAGGAUUUUGAAAAGAAUGUACAAAUUUAUGAUUUGAAUUUCUUUUUACCAUUGUUUAGUCAGUUGCUGUCGUCUGAAUCGUUUGUUAAAUGUUAUUUAUUUACACAACAUGGAUGUUUGGCGUUAACGUUAUUGUCGCUAGCUAGUAAAUGUCCAUUGGUGCGACAAGCUGGAUAUAAUGUUUUAGCACGAUUUUAUUUUCAUCUCGAAUCAUCUAUAAAUUCACGAAAUUCCAAAUUAUGGAUAGAGUUUAUCAAUCGAGUACGUUGCGGUUUAGUAAAAUUACAAGAGAAAACCAAACAAAAAGAUACGGAUACUUAUCGGAUCCCGGUUAUAUGUGCUGUAUUUUUAGCAAGAUCAGCAAUAAUCAUGAAUCAACCGCUAAACCCGCUGUACAUGGCUAUCAAUAAUUUUAUAUUUGUUAAAUCAGUAAUUGAUUUCACAAUAAUCCCUGAAUUCUUACAAAUGUUCCAUAGUCCAGAAAUCGAGUAUAACAUUCAUCGAAAUUGGAUAUUACAAGUAAUCCGUGAUGGUUUUAAAACAAAUCUCGAUUUCCAAAUAAUGCGUAAAUCGAUGGCAUAUAAAAUGAUACUCGAUUUUUAUUCGUGUACAUUCGCAACCGACGAAACAAAAUUAUUAAUUUUACAAAUUUUAGAAAAAUCUACACAAAUUUCCUACGUUACAAAAUAUUUAUUAUUCGAAAUCGGAAUUCUAUCGUGGAUGAAUAAUAUUUUACACAAUUUCCAUAAAACGGAUACGGAACAAAUUCAUUUAAUUUUGAAAAUCAUAAAUAACAUUUAUUUAUUAAUUAAUGAAUUCGAAAAUUCGAAUAUGUUACAAGAACAAUUGUUGUAUAUGUUAAUAACAAUUUCGACAUCAUUACUUACAUCGAAAAUAUCGAUUGAUGGAUUUUUAUUGUUUAUGAUUCAGUGUCGCCAUGAAAAUGUGGAAAAUGAAACUAACAUAACAUAA